AGCAACAGUUUACAAAUAUGUCUACUCUGUAAUCUGAAGUGAAGCAAAUGGCUAACGUGGUUCAUGUAGUAUUUUCACGCCAGGUUGUGUGUGUUUUACUGUUCAUUUCCUUGGCUCACACUCAAAACAUUGUCGUUUUCCAACCGUCAUAUCUGACUGCAACUGGACCAACGGUGACUGCACUUUUGCUCGGAAACACGUCGGACAUCUCUCUGAAUCUGAGGACAGUGUCCCCAUCUAAUAAAACAGGAAGCAUUGGUUCUCCAUCAUGUGUACCUCAGGUAACACAGUGGCUGCUCACACGGGAACAGGUGGGAAAGACUGCAGUUCAAGUUCAGCUGAGACUGGAUAGAAGUCUGCGUUUGUGUGGUGAGAAUGAGACAGACACAGACUGCUGUCCAAAGCCACUAUGUGUCCUGGAGACCCUACAGGUGUCUGCCUGUGUGGGUGGCACACCUCAGGCAUCACUGCUGAUCCAGGCCAAGAUACAUGCCCUGUUGGCUUCUGCUAAUGCUGGAUCUGCUAAUAAAACAGCCAUCCCAAACCAAGUGUACCAAACACUGGGCUCUUGUCCCUGUGACCUCACAUUCAGAGCAUGUGACGCACGCUGCUGCUGUGACAAGGACUGUUCCAUUGAAGAUUUGAAGCUGUUUGUGUCCCACUGUCUCCCAGGGCCCUUUGGUGGGCAGGUCUCUCCUGCUCCAGAUUAUCAUUGCUCUGUGCAGUCCUCUGAAAACUCCCCAGAUUGGUUUCCGUUUUUAUGUGUCAGUUCUCCACCUGAAAACAACCCUUAUCUUGGGCUUUUUUACCAGGGAAACACAAUUACAUCUAAGCCUGGUCCAUCCUUCCAAGGGCCUGUUUUGCCAGCUCCAGUGCCACUUAAUGCUUAUUUUCAAGGAAGUCCCAUUUUCACAUUAAAUGACCAGUUCUUCACUAUUCCCCAGAAGGUGUUUGGACGGUGUGUAAACAGUGCCCCUGUAGCAUUUUUGAAAAAUUUCAAGGUCAAGUGUGUAACUUUGCUGCGCUCCUGUCCAACUGGAUCUCCCUUACAGACACUACCAACAGAUUUGAGAAUUAAAGUGAAGAAUGGACAAGGGGGUGAUGCUGUAGUGAACGUAAUUGAUGAAGUGGCCACUGACUUGAGUCAGUUUAUUUUAAGCACAGAUGCUGUUGCCUCUUCAGAUGAGAGGCUGGUAUGUGAGAAUGUGACCUUAGCGCUGGAUUACAAAUUCUACUGGAAAGGAAAUGCCAUCACAAGUAUCACACUGACACACACUGUUGGGACUAUCACUUUUAAUAGUAGUGUGGCGUUAACCACAAGGUAUUCUGCUGUGUUUCUAAAUGGAGAAUUCACUGGUGAGCCCAACUCAGGGAACCCAGGUUAUCAGGUAGGAAGGCCUGUUAUUGCUGGAAUUGUGGACACUUUGGACAAUAACACAGGCGCAAUACAGAGGACAUCAAUCAAUCUCUGGAAACCAGUGAGUGAUGGAUUCUGUUCCACUGCUGAGAAGAAACCGGUUCUGUUUGGGGAGAAUUCAACAUCAGGAUGUCUGCUACAUGUCAGCCAACAGAAUCUGACUCAGUGUAAUCUCCUGAGAGAGGCUGUUACUUCUCUCCAGGCAGCUUUGGUUACAGCCAUAUAUGUGGCAAAGAGUGGAAACCCAGAUCCCCUAACCAUGACAGACUGGGUGAACAUAACCUUUGUGACACUGAACUCAAGCACAGCUAUGGAAGACACCAUAAGUUCAUGCUAUGGGAUUCCAUCCCACCAGCAUAUCCAUGUUUGGAGUUUUAUCACUGACGUGGUAGAUGGCAUACCUCAAAGGGAUAUCCGCGCUUUGGAAGUCAGUUAUAGCCUGUCUCCCUGGGCACUGGAUUGUGGAGGAGGUGAUGUCUCUGCAUGUGUGGACCCAACAGAGACUCAGUUGUUCCCCAUCACCUCCUCAGUCACCUUUACUGAUAUUCCUGUCAACCCAGGGCCACCAAAAACCAGGUUUCAGAUCAACUUCACAGAGUAUGACUGCAACCGGAAUGAUGUGUGUUGGCCUGAGCUCGCCUUCCCCUUCACCAAGUAUUACACAGGUGAGCCAUAUUCUCAGUCACUGGCUAAGGGCCUUAUCUUGGUUUUCUUCUUUAUCACCGCCUCGAUUCUUGGAAAUCCGUGGAGACAAAUUCGACAGGCGUGGAACUGCGCUGAUCUCUAACACAAAUACUGAGAACAAUGUAGGGGUAAAAAUAUGGGGGGCACAAUGGUAGGGUGAGAGGCUAAACACAACAGUGUCUUUAAAUGUCACUGAAAUGUAUUUGCACUCUUUGUCCAUUAGAUACUGUUUAGAAUGAUGUUUUUACAUGUUUAAAAUAUGUUUGUGGGAAUGUAAAUAGUUGUAUUGAUGCACCAUUUUGUAAUAAAGAUAUUUUUUCUAUUA